GUUGAAAAUGAAGUAAAACAUUGAGCUAUGCUGCUGCGUGCUUGUUUCGUGUGUUUAUUUCUUUAAAUAAAUUUAAUAAGAACAUAAAUGGCAGACGCCGCUGUUGAAACUGCUCCCGGAGAUGAAAAUGACGAUAGUUGGUUGUAUGGUGACUCCACCACGGAGCAGGCCGAAGAAAACAAAGAACCAAAUGCAAAGGAUGCUUCAGAACAACCCGCUGAAACUGGAGAGGAUGACAAAGAGCAGGAGGACAAUGAAGCCAACAAUGAUGACUCGUUAAAUGACGAGCACUUUGCGGACGUGGGGCAAGACGCGCAAGAACAGAAUGGAGACGCCGACAGUCAAGACAAUGCGGAUUCAGAUUCUGAUGAUAGUGACGAUGUUAAAGUUACUAUCGGCGAGAUAAAAUCUGGUCCACAAGCAUAUGCCAGUCUUAAUAUCAAGAGAGGAGUGGGUAUAGUAGCAAGUGGGGCAGCUGAGAAGCCCCGUGCAGGCACAACUACUGGUGGGAAAGUAAAUCUGGAAGACCUGGAGGGCCCGGGAAGCAUCAACGGAGUCCCGGCGCUAGAGUUCAAUAUUGACACAAUAGAAGAUAAACCAUGGAACAAGCCUGGUGCUGACAUUUCAGAUUACUUCAACUACGGAUUCAACGAGGUGACGUGGAGCGCGUACUGCGAUCGCCAGCGGCGCAUGCGCGUCAACGAGACCGGGGUGGGGCUGCACGCGGGGCCGCCCGGCGCGCGCGCGCCGCCGCCCGACCUCCGCAGGCCGUCCGGUCCACCAAGAAACGAUGAUAUGCAGAUGCCACCUAUGGGUAACAAUUACCAAAACAGAGAAAAUACGAUACAGGUGAUGACGGCGGAGCGGCGCGAGUACGGCCGCCGCGAGCAGCCGGCCGACUACUUCCCGCCGCCGCCCGCCGACCACUACUACCCGCCGCACCACGCCUACGAGGAGCCCUGGGGUCACCCAGAACAAACGGGGUGGGCUCCGAGUGAGAUAAAAGAGCUGACCCCGGGUCCCAUGGGGCCGCCCAUGGGCAUGGCGCCGGCCUCCAUGGCCGCCCCCGCGCCGCUGAUGCCGCCCGCACACAUGAUGUCGGCGCCGCCCUAUGUCUCUCCGUACAGGCAUCUCCCGCCGCAUCUGCACGACAGGGAACGUGAUAGGGAGCGGGAAAGAGAUAGAGAGCGAGACCGCGACAGGGAACGAGACAGCAGGAUGAGGGAGCGAGACGACCGCGAACGCAGAGACAGGAGGGAUGAGGAGGAGAGGGACCGAGACAGGGAUCGGGAGCGAGAACGGUCGCGAUCCAUCAAACCGGAGCGAAUACGUGAAAAAUCGUACCGCCGAGAGCGUUCCCGGUCAAGGUCUCGCCGCCACAAGUCUAGAUCGCGCUCGCCGCGCCCGCGAGACCGCUCCCGGGACCGCGAGCGAUCGCGCGAUCGUGACCGCGAACGCAGCGUCAAGCCGUCCAAGAAAGACAAGGAGAAGGAUGAUGAGAAAUAAUUUUUUUGAGAGAUUAUGUUAAGACCGGAAAUAAAUGUUUGGGAAAUGUUCUUUCAAAAAUAUUUUUUUUAAAUUUCUUAAGGCAAAGGCUUUUUCAAAUUAUUAGUUGCCUGCAACUUUGUUCGCCGACAAUUACAAUACACAAAAGCUGAUCCCCAGUGUUGCUCCCUAAGGGAUGGGAGCAAAGUGAUGACGUCACUGUCACACGACUAGACGACUGUCACGACUGGACGAAAUAAUAGCGCCACUAAUAUUUCCUUUUUUAACUUUCAUAGAGAUGUACCCCUAUCGCAUAUUAAUAAUAUUAUAAGUAAAAAACACAAUUGAGUAAAUUUUUAAA